AAACUUAAUCAUUUCAAAAUCAUAGAAUACAACAACGUACACAUGAAUCAAGACAAACUUUCAAUAGAAUACAGAAAUCAUUGUGAAUAACACAAAAUGUUUAGAAUUAUCAAAAUCAAAUAUCAUUAAAGCUAACAGUGCAUUUCUUUGCAAUCAUGAAGUGAUGCAGAUACUACAGACACUGAAAGAUAACACUCAAAAGAAACAUAAACGAGAAGGAUCUUUAGCUACAGUAACAUAUGAGACUGUUAGAUAUUUACAAGACACAGAAUGUAAAAACCAAACUGCAGACACCAUAAGAAAAUUUUUGGAAGCGAUGAAAUCAUUCAAACUGACUAAAUUAGAGAAAUUAAUGAUGGUUAAUACUCCACCAAGAACUGAAUUGGAAAUACAAUUAAUUGUACAAGAAAGUGAGGAGCGUUUAUCAGAAGAUGAUGUACAAAAAAUAAUUCAAAUUGUAAAUGAGUUUUUUCCACCUACCUCUAGCUAACAUUAGUUUAAAAAUUUAUUUUAAGAUGCAGUAAAUAAUCGAUUUUAUACAAUAAACAGUCA